CUGAGAAUAACAUUUUUAUUAAGCAUUAAUUUCUCAUUUGAUAUUAUAAGUUGUUUUUAUUAUACAUUAAAGGUUAUUGGAAAUCGAGCUGCCGGUAGAGAAUUUAACGUGGCGGAAAGCUCAAUACGAGAAUGGCGUAAGAAUGAGCAGCGUUUAAGGUGUGAUCUGAAGAGCAUCUUCAACAGAACACUUCACACAGUCACAAAUUCUCUUCUUCUUUUUCACUUCUUGAAAUUUUAG